AUGCGUAAGUUGCUGAGUCUCAAUGGCCGGCAAAUCGCACAUAUUACUCUGGUAACUAUCAGCUUCCGGGUCACGAGGCUUUUCUCAACAACCCUCCUGGCAAAAAUCUAUUCGUCGCAGCCUUAUCACGGCAAGAAUUCCUUCCUUCUUGUGAACCACAGACUGACUCGCGAAGUACAUGAGCCACGCACGGUGGUGAGAAACUCUAGCACGCAAAAACUUAGAUCGACUAUGAUGUGUGUCAAUGUAAGCCAAGAACGCACUUCGUGUCUACCUCUCUUAACGGACACCCAGUAUCCUGCGGCAUAUAUUAUCAUUAUGCGUUGGCCAUCGGAGAUAAUCUGCGGGUAUGCGGAUGGUCUACCAUGGUGA